AUGAUUGCUGCAACCAGAAUAGGACGUCAUGGUGCCGUGAGACGAUUGCAGAUUGGAAGACCACAAAAGUUGCUCUCAAGAGCAGCUGAAGCCACCGGUACCCAAUAUCCUGCCAUUUCUACCUCCAUUUUGCUGGAUAAUAAUAAUGGAUACCGACGAUAUCACUCGUCCUCUCUGCCAAAUCAAGGAAAAAUGUUGGUGUCCAAAAUAGCGUUGGUGUCGACUAGUCUGGAGAUGGGCAACAACACCACAAGACAGAAUUUUUUCUCUACAGUCACAUCAUCUGAUACUACCCACGAUCAUGGUAGUAGUAGUCAAGAUCAUCCAGGCCAAGCCAUUUACCAAGAAGCACUGGACGCAUUGCAACAAGUCGAACGAUUGCAACAAGAACAAGAAACCAAAAAGGCAGAGGAACUCCACCGGGCCAUUGAACGAGCCGAGACUAAAGAACGGGAACACGCCAACAACCCAAAGGCCAAAAAUCUAAAGGGAGUUACUGUCGUCAAGACGGUCGUCAAACAAACGCGCAAGGAGCUGAAAACACAAAACAACAAGAAACAACAAUCCACAGAAGACGAAUGGAGGGAAAAGGCAUACCAGUUACUCCAACAAGCCGCCGAACAUCAUGGACAUGGACCGGCACUCAUUUUGUUGGGAAACAUGGCACUCCAACAAGCCCAUACCGCCUGGAUGCAACAAGAUCAUAACGAUGAGGCACGACAAUUUGUAAAGCAGGCAUUGGACUACUACGAAAAGGCAGGAACCAAUGGUGCCGCCGAAGGAUGGUUCAAUCUGGGACAGUUGCUCUGGACGGGGUAUCCUGCCAGAGAUGAUGACGAAAAAGAUGACACGACAACAACGCUGCCUGCCGAUAACAAUAUUGUCCUUGCUCCCGAUUGGAAAGCGUCCAUGACAGCCUUUCGCAAAGCCAUCCAACUUCAUGACCCGGAUGCCAUGUAUUUUGUAGGGGUGCAGCUCCUGUUGGACAACCAUACGAAUGCCAUACAACCCGACAAUGACAACAACAACAACAACAACAACAACAACACAUCCCCUCUGCAAGAAGGACUCGACUUGGUUGAAUCCUCCGCCGCCAUGGGCCAUGGACCGGCACGGUACUAUUUGGCCCUUUUGCAUCUCAAUGGAAAUGACGACUUGGGCAUUCCACCUUGUUCCCCACAGCACUUUGUGACACUCCUCAAUGACGCCUGUGCGGCAGACCAUCCCGAUGCCCUCUUUUUACGGGGAACCUGUCGUCACGAGGGUGACCAUGGAUACCACGCACCAGUAGACUAUGAAUUGGCAUUGGCGGAUUUUGUGGCCGCGGCAGAGGCGGGUCAUGCCGAUGCCGCCGUGUCGGCCGGUGCCAUGUUGCAUCAAGGACGACCGCCCACACUGCCCCCGAAUCGAUCCAAAGCAUUUGAUCUGUAUCAGUUAGCGGGGGAAUUGGGAAGUCGGGAAGGAUGGCGCAAUGUCGUGGCGUGCUAUGCUCUAGGAGAAGGUGUCCCGCGAUCCGAAGCCACGGCACGGUAUAUUGCCAAGACCAUGUUAUUGCAGGAGGACGAUAGCGAUGAGGAGGAGAAUGCAGAUAGAUAG